UUUCAACGAAUGCACAUUCCAUAGCUGUUGGACUGAUGGUUAAUUUAAUGUUGCGUGUGUGAGUAAAAACAAUAAUAACAAAUCAUGGCCAAUCAACCGGGUUCAUCGAAACAAUCGAGCUCCAGUACGCAGCGAGACAUCCGCGAGGUAAUGGCCAACAUACGGCAGCAUACCCAGAAGCAUACACUGCUUCCUCGAAGGCAAAGCGUACCGACCACCGGCUCGACAGAGGCCGUUCCGGAACCGGGACCGUCAAGGGGACCGUCGGGUGCACCAGCAACUUCCAGGACAACCACAAAACCAGGCCCCUCCAAAGCCGCCAAUGUAGGGCCCCGACCGGGACCAUCCACGUCGAAGACGAUGCCUUCCGUGCGAAAUUUACCCGCUGCCGAGCGGAACAAACAAUUGGCAGCGAAUUCGUACGCACGGGAACUGUUCCUAAAGCACACCAAUAUCAAAGAGAUCGUGGCCAAAAAGAUGCCCCAACGCAGUGCCAAAACGCAGCAGCUUUACGCGGAACACUGUUACGAGCUCUACGUGCAGCAGCCCAAGAUGCGCAUCCGUGAGCCGCUGCACGAGGUGCGGUUCGACACGCGCUACCACGAGGGUUUGUUUCGUAUGGCCACCGAAAUGCCACUCACGUCGCCACAAGCACUGGUGGAACACAAGCAAACCCUAGCCGGGGCAGGAAUCGCGCAGCUUUGCUUUGUAGACAUGACGCAACGGAACAGUGCCCUCGACCAUCAGGCCCAGGUGAUCCAGAAGCUGAAGGCCGACUUUCAGCACUGGUCGUCGAAGCUGCAGAAACUUCCCACCUACAUCCUGAUGUGCCAGCGGAAGCGCGAAACCGAGGACCGGAAGUUCCUUUCGCUCGUAAAGCAUCACUCCUCGCUCAAGGGCAGCUGGACGCUGAAGCAGCCGAUGGUGCUGGAGGAUCUGAUCGAGGAGUGGAGGCUACCGAGCGAAAAGCGUCGCAAUAUGGUGUGGGGUUUGCUGCGGUUCGAUGACGAUCAUCUGAACCAGAGGUACGGCGUGGCGAACUAUUCCAAAUUCCCCUUGAAUGUGGCCGUCGAGCCGGAGGAAAUUGUUGAAUACGCGGUGCGCAACAUUGACUUCCGGGAUGAUGGUGAUGCUGCUGGGCAGCAGCUGGGACCGCCUGGGAUGGAUUCGGCCGAACGUUGCAUUACACCCGUGAACGACAGCUCCGCGUACAGACAGGACACACAAGAAUCAAUCCACGAAGCGAUUGAAAUGACGGAAGAGGAUAUAAAAGAGGAAAACAUUACAACUGAUGCAGAGGACGGUGCACCUGCCCAGCCAGUAAACGCACCGAACAGGGAAAACGUACCUCAAAACCAUCAGAUGGUGGUAAUACCUGCCCAUGCUGUACAAGCCGCGAACGCACACUCCAACGACCUGUCGGCUGUCGUACGCGAACCCAGCACACGCCGGCAGAGUGGGGAGGUGGUUUACACGCUGGAAUACAUCACCAAACACACCAACAUCUACGUGAGGACCGUUCAGAACUAUAUGCAGCGAAACAAGGGCAAAAACCAGUCGCUGACUCUGGAAAAGAUCGAGAAGUACGUGGCAAAGUACUACAAUCUAUUCCGGGACACGUUCGCACGCCACCAGCUUCCCGAGGGAAUAAACUUUCUAAACCCUCAGGACCAGAAAGAACUGUCGGAAAAGGGACCGCUAGUAUGGGCGCUGGGCAAAGUGGAGAAAGGACAUGCCACAGUGCCCGCGAGCAAUAAUAAUAGCGUACCGCUAGAGCUUCGACCUCCACCGAAACCCGUGCCGGUACCCCAACAGGCAGUACGACGCCCUACAGUUUCUCAACCGCCCCGGCCGACCAGCAGCAACGAACCAAAGGCAAAACAGCAGAAGAAGGAUCCCAUCCUGCGCACUGUUGUGCCCACGCGGCCCGGCUGUAUUCAGUACGAUUCGGACAGUUCGAUAAACUCGAUCGAAAACACGCAACAUCAGGAUCAGGAUGUGUUGAAUGAUGCACCCGACGCUGGUAACAACAAUCAGUCGAUUGCAUUCGUAUCGAUACCGUCCAACGCCCCCGUACCGAGCGAACUGCGACCCCCGUUGUCGCAGGAUUCGAACGCUCCCCAUAGCCAAGAUACGCCCGACACGUUAAGCUUUGUGCCGUAUGCUAGCUCCACCCAGCAAACGCAAUCCCAGCAGCCCUACGACAGGGAGACGGUACCGCUGCUCGCCCAAGAGCCUCCUCCGCUCACGCAGGAUCCACUGCAGCUGUCCGGCACGACCAUACCGCCGUUAGCUGCGCCAGACCCCUUCGCUUCCUGCCUCACACCGGCCUCCUCCAAUUUAUCUCCACCAAACGUUGCGAUAAGGCCGAACGCUGGUCAAACGCUGUCCCAAGCCAGCUCGGUCAUACCACCGUUUCAGGUGGCAAACGAUCAACAGCCAGCCGGGGGUUCGGGCUCGACACCGCCCAAUGCGUCGUUGCACAGCUUCACCAUCAAGCAGGAAGCACUGAGUCAGGCGGAAGCGCACAGCGGCGAUACGUCCGGCUACGAAAACGACGUGCAAAUUUUGCCCACCCCGGAAGCGGAUAUCAUCUACGUGAACGAUUCGGAAGAUCUAAACGCGGUCGGCGGAACGGUCGAGGUGGAGACGGCAGCGUUUGAUCCGAUCGUUGCGCGAGCGAACGCUCUCUUCGCGACCAACAGACAAACGGUAGUCCUGGACGAUGUGUUCCUGUCCUGCAGCGAAAUUACAUCCAACAGCUCGCUGGAGGGUAGAGGAAAUCGAGCAAUAAAGGUGGAGCAGCUCACGAUCAGCCCACCGCGCAUCGGCCGGUACAUUUCGCUCGAACCGCACAGAACUCGCCACCGACCACCGCCUUGCAUCCCGCUUGCCACAACGAAAGUGUCCGGCUCUUCCGCAAACUUCAUGCUGCUAACCCACAUCAACAUCCAGUCCGUACGGUACACCAAAUAUCCCACCAUCUGGCCACAGUGCAACGUGCUGCAGCACAAUCCACUCACGGUGAACGUAAAUCCUCCCUGCGAUGGCAUCUUUUCCGUCCCGGUGCGUGAUCAGCACGCCUGCCAGCUGCUCGGUCUGUCCGCGGGCGGUAAGGGCGCCGAAGCUCUGCUGGCAGCGCUACAGCACGCGGGGAAGUUUCGCUACGGUUCCAAAGAACCGAUGAAAGAGUACUACCGGCUAACGAUAACGGAGAAGGUGCUGCAGCUAUUCUUUGCGACCGUCCCGACCUGCCCGCUGGACGGUGGACUGGUAAUGUGCCUGAACAGUCGCUCCAGCCUUCCGGCGGACGGUGACGAGGUGCACCUGGAGCGGUUCAACUAUUAUGCCCACGCCAGGCCGCCGCAACGAGGCUGCGCUGGAACGAAGGUGCGUAAGGAGGAGGAGGAGUGUUUGUCGGAUUACCUGAUGCCGGGAAUAGCACAGCAAAUGAAAGCUUUUCGCGAGAAGCUGUUGCAUCAAGCGAAAUGCUGAACUAUUUAACAAACUGUGGAGCAUUUUGAGUUAUUUAUGUGGAGCAUAUUUUUAGGUUGUCUGUUAUUUAUGAAACUCUACCUCAUACGUUAGACUAACAAAUAAAGCUAAAUUCAUUGAA